AUGGCGAAUUCCACACUACAUCGCUUGGUUCUCUCGUUUGUCCUGCUUCCACUCCUUAUUUCCAGGCACGCUGACGGCCGAGGCGCUUCGCUGAUAGAUCAAGCCGCGGCGCUCCUCCGCUGGAAAUCAUCAGUCAACUUCUCCUCCAAGCACCAGCUGGGAACCUGGAGAGACGACGGCAUGUACCCGUGCAACUGGACCGGCAUCACCUGCGGAGACACUCGGUCAAGCGGAGGAACCACGGUGAAGGUCAUAAGAGAGCUCAAUCUUGGCGGUGCCGGCAUCGAAGGACAACUUCACACCCUGAGAUUUCAAUCACUCCCAUACCUCGUCAAUCUCGACCUCUCGAACAAUAAUAUCUCUGGCCAAAUCCCUCCUGCCUUGGGAAAUCUCUCAAGACUUGUCAUUCUUUAUCUCGAUGGGAAUAGGCUCUCAGGUAGCAUCCCAUGGCAACUGGGACACCUUCAGAACAUGAGGGAGCUGGAUUUGACCUUCAAUAUUCUUUCUGGCCAAAUACCUUCCGCCCUUGCGAACCUGACAAGCCUCAACUUUCUGGACCUGUCUGUUAAUCGCCUGUCGGGACCUAUACCUGAAGUGCUAGGACACAUCCAUACCUUGCAAGACAUGUCCUUGGCAGUAAACAACCUCACUGGCACAAUUCCUCCAUCCCUUGGAAACCUCACAAUGAUCAAAAACCUGGUCUUAUAUCGGAAUCAGGUCACUGGUCCGAUCCCGGUAGAGCUUGGGAUGCUCUCCAGCUUGACUGGUUUGGACUUCUCACAGAAUCUUUUGACGGGCUCUAUUCCUUCAACUGUUGCUGGAAAUCUUACUUCAGUGACCUAUUUUGAUCUUCGGGGUAACCACAUAACUGGAUCCAUCCCUCCCGAGUUCGGAAAUCUCGUGAAUCUGGAAGUGCUUGACAUCUCGAUGAAUUUCAUAGUUGGAUCAGUGCCGACAAGUAUUGGGAACAUGUCUUCACUCAGGGAUAUACACAUGGCAAGAAAUAAUCUCUCUGGGGAAUUGCCGUCUGAGUUUGGAAACUUGGAAAUUUUGGAAUAUCUUGCAGCCUAUAGAAAUCAGCUGUCUGGCAUAAUCCCUCAGAGUUUUGGAAAAUUGGUUAGUAUGAUAGAAAUGCGACUAUUCUCCAAUCAAAUCUCCGGCUCUUUGCCUUCAUCGCUCUCGAACCUUACCAAUUUGGUCAGCAUUCAACUGUCCGAAAACCAGCUAACAGGACACUUGCCAAAUUUGUGCCAAAGUAAAAGGCUACAUGUUCUUGUAGUUUAUAAUAACAAUUUGGAUGGACUUGUCCCAAAAGGCUUGAGGGAUUGCAGUUCACUAACGACCAUCAUCCUCGGAAAGAAUCUGAUUGAGGGAGACAUAACUGACGCAUUUGGGGUGUAUCCACAUCUCAAUAUGAUUGAUUUAUCUUCAAACAGGUUUGGAGGCCAUCUCUCGCCAAAUUGGGGCUCGUGUAAAAACUUGACAAAACUUAAUUUUGGAGACAACAUGCUAGAAGGCAGUAUACCUUCUGAGUUAGGGGAGCUAAGAAAUCUCAGAAUUCUCGAACUCCGAUUUAAUAGGUUUAUCGGUGAGAUACCACAGGAAAUUGGCAAUUUAAGCAACCUGUACUGGAUGGAUUUAAGAAAAAAUCAACUAUCUGGCCAGAUCCCUAAGCAAAUCGGCCAACUUAGCAAUCUUGAGAUUCUUGAUUUCUCAAGCAACAUGUUGAGUGGUAAAAUACCAGAAGAGAUCGGAAGUUGUUUGAAAUUGCGGUCAAUAAAUAUGAAUAACAACAACCUUAAUGGAAGUCUUCCACCUAGUUUGGGCCAUUUAGCUUCGAUGCAAAGUAUGCUUGAUCUUAGUAUGAAUAGUCUCAGUGGAUCAAUACCAUCGGAACUUAGCAAACUAGAGAUGUUGAUCUUCAUAAACUUCUCACACAAUCAAUUAAAUGGUGCAAUCCCUAUCUCCAUUGCAAGCAUGGAAAGCCUAACAAUAAUUGAUGUAUCAUACAACUUCCUAGAAGGCUCUGUCCCAAAAGGGAUUCGCAAUGCAUCAGCCGAAUGGUUUCUCCACAAUGAGGGUCUUUGCGGGGACUUUGUUGGCCUAUCUCCUUGUGAUAUGCCCUCUACGGAUCAUAGGCGAAAGCAUCACAAGUUUUUACUAUCAGUCAGUGUUCCUUUGUUGGUUGCUACUAUUUUAAUAGCAGCCAGUGUAAUUGCCUUUUCUAUUCGCCGCAAGAAGCUAUCUAAAAGUACUGCUGAUGUGGGAAAAAGAAAUGUCUUGUCAGUAUGGAACUUUGAUGGUAGAAUGGCAUUUGAGGACAUUAUCAAUGCAACUGAAAAUUUUGAUGAGAAGCACUGCAUUGGAGAGGGAUCAUAUGGUAGUGUUUACAAAGCAAAACUUCAAGAUGAACAAGUGGUUGCAGUCAAGAAACUCCAUGUAGGAAAUGAAGAGGCAGAUGAUGAAGAAAGGUUCCAGCAUGAGAUUGAAAUGUUGACAAAAAUUCGGCAGCGCAGCAUCGUCAAACUGUAUGGAUAUUGUUCUCAUCCACGGUACCGGUUCCUUGUAUGCCAGUUUAUAGAGAGAGGAAAUCUAGCUUCUAUAUUAAGCAAUGAAGAACUAGCAAUUGAGUUCCAUUGGCAAAGAAGGACAACUCUCGUAAGAGAUGUGGCUCAAGCCAUCACUUACCUUCAUCAUGAUGUUCACCCACCCAUAAUUCAUCGAGACAUCACAAGCAGAAACAUCAUACUAGAUGUUGACUACAAAGCAUUUGUCUCGGAUUUUGGUAUUGCAAGAAUGUUAAAACCUGAUUCGUCGAAUUGGAGUACACUAGCAGGGACCUACGGCUACAUGGCACCUGAAUUUUCCUACACAUCUCAAGUUACAGAGAAAUGUGAUGUAUAUAGUUUUGGUGUCGUGGUGCUUGAAGUGUUGAUGGGCAAACACCCAGGAGACGUGCAAAAUUUUCUUUCUUCACUUAAUGACCAAUUUCUUCUCGAAGAAAUUAUUGAUAGACAACUUCCUCGACCCAAAACUGAUGAAGAGAAAGACGUUAAACGGUGUAUCUCUGUGGCAUUUGACUGCCUCCUUCCUUCACCUAAAGAAAGGCCAAGUAUGCUGAAAGUUUACCAAGAUCUUGUGACCUGA